AUGCGCAAAGCGGAUUCCUGUAUCCCAAGGUUCGGCAUUCUGCCGUUCUUUAGCUGCGAGCCGGAUGAUCAGUGCAAGUAUGGCUACAGAGACGACAAGACUUACUGGCUUUCCACAAUCGAUAAUGCCGGGCAACAGCCGCCUGUGCCCAUAUCGGGAACUGACAUAAAGCCGUUCAUAAGUCGGUGCGCAGUUUGCUUGACCAAAGACCUUGUUAUGGCUGUGCACAGUCAACGGUCAGCCGUGACUCCAGACUGCCCCAUCGGGUGGCGUAGUCUUUGGAUCGGUUACAGCUUCGUAAUGCACACCGCAUCCGGAGAGGGAGGCGGGCAGCAGUUUUCCAGCCCCGGAAGCUGCAUGGAGUACUUCCGGUCGGCACCGUUCAUCGAAUGCGUCAGUGACAUCUGUGACGUCUCAGCCAAUCAGCUCAGUUUCUGGCUGAUAGGAAUCCCUGGAGGAGACGACGACCAGUUCACUCAGCCCAGGCGUGUUGUCGGCAAGGUUGACGUCCUUCGUCAAAGAAUUAGUAGAUGCAGGGUGUGCGAAUAUGCAAGUGAUCUGUACGAAACAAUAGUAGCCCUAGAAGCACCUCCAGGUGUCAUAGCUACCGGGGCCGGUGGCUUCAAUGUGUAGCACUAUAUCUUCUGCACAAAAAGGCAACAGUAAACGGUAGUAAUAAAGUAUAACAAUUGUGAUUGCAAGAUGGUGUAGUUUCAAGAUAAAAUACUGCCAAUGGCAGCAAGUAACAUAGUAAGUUGUCUUUCAGAGAAAAACCCUAGGUGGUCUCAUCGACGAAGUUGUUGGACAAGAAUACUCUGAGUUUGAUCAGUGUAAUACUGCUUAUCGUAGUUAGUGUAGUUCUGCUUCUCAUCUGUAAGAUUAUAUGUCAUUUUACUAAUUGUAGACAACAAUUGAAGACUAACAGUGAUAAGAUAAAUGCAUCAUCAGAGGAAAAAGAACAUAAGAUGCUGCGUAUUCGUUUCGGUUUAUUAAUAGAUACCUGUAUUUUGGUAUAUUGAAUUACAUGACAUCAACUAUUUUAAGGUUGUAAUUGAUACUUAGAAAUUAGUGGACAAAGAAACAACUUGGUGCUAUUUGUAUUAAUGUCAGAAUAAAUGUGUAAAUCUUGUUUAUUGCUAAAUAAAUCCAUUGCAUUCCUUGUUACGUUUGACAUGCAAAUAGUAUGUCCAUGUUUCAUCCAGUGGUUUUCACACAGCUUUGCGAAUUGCGGCACGCCACCAAUACAUGUAAGAUAAUUCACCAUAAUACACGUAUACACGUCAAUGUUUUGUUCAAUGCACAUCCAGACUUGUUGGUAUUAGGUCAGUACUUUGGGCACACGUCACCACCACAACUGCCACAUACACGCCAACAUUUCACGGAAUGAUGAACUGGAAGAUGGCCACGCACAGACAAGAAUGGUUUGUUGUCACUGGCGCAUGCGUUUUCAGCGGCUUAUCUUGUGUCAAAGCGUUAAGUUGCAGCCCAUCAUUUCAUCGCACAGCGUCAAUUUUUUUCCCAUCUUGCACCAUAUAUCUCACUGAAACAUAACACAACACAUUUUAAAUGGCAGUACUUAUUGCAUUGUACUUACGCGUCAACAGCAUCUAUUCAAAUAUUGCUGACAAUGGUGUUCCAAAUAACA